UGUUCCUCCGCCUCUCACUUCCUACGGCACUCCCUCAUCCUCCUCCCUGCACUCCUGGCCUCUGUCUGGCGGCCUUCUGCAGCUGGGCUUUAAUCUUCCAGCACCAUCACUCAGGAUGGACUCCAGGCCCCCCAACCUGAUGCUGCUGCUGCUCCUCACCAGCCUCCUGCACUCCUGGCAGUGUACCAGAGGACAGUUGUCAUACACUAUAGACACCGUCGGCCUCACAAUCCUACCCCGCAGCCCCGUUCAGAGCGGGACACCUGUGACCCUGCGUUGCCAGGUCAGAGUCAGCCAUGACAGAAUCCCUCACCUGACACAAAGUUUUCUGCUCCGCCGAGAUGACGUUGUCAUCAACUCGUCCACCACCACAGCGGACUCCUUCAUGUAUGAACUCAACCCAGCCCGGGCUGCUGACUCUGGGAUUUAUGAGUGUCAAGUCGCAGUGAAGAACAAGAGCAGAACCAGCCUCAGACAAAAACUCGACGUCAAAGGCCUGCAGACCCCUAUCCUGUAUUUGAGUAACACUUCUCCCUAUGCGGAUGAGGAGUUCACUGCAUCCUGCAGCGCUCCGGAGGAGAAAGGAUCCCUCAUCUUCCACUUUUCCCAGAGAUUAAGGAAUGGAAACGUUCAGAGUAUAAAGAAGCUAGCACCCACCGGGAACUCUGCAGAGACCACAUUGAUCCUGAGGGGGAUUGGAGACAGCCUCCUGUACUGUGACUAUGAGGUCAAUUUAGUUUCUGGGGUCAGACGCUCCAACAGCAGCAACAGCAUUACAAUGAUAGUCAGAGAACUCUACAUUAUACCAAUCAUGAAUGUGCUGCCCUCCACUGACGUCUAUGAGGGGGAGGUCAUAGAGGUGGUCUGCAAAGUGAUCAAUCCACCUCAGAAUGUUGACGUUUUCCUGACAAGAGACAGGACGAUCCUUAAGCAAGCCCCGGUCGGCCUCAGUCAUCGAUUCACCGCACAAGAAGGCGACUCUGGGGAGCUUGUGUGCAAGGCAGAGUGGGGCAAUGUGCAAAAACAAACCUAUAAAACCAUCAGAGUGAAAGAGCUGUUUUCAAAGCCACAGCUGACAGUGAAGCCCGUAGACAUUUUUGAGGGAGACCGCUUCCAGCUGACCUGCUCCGUCUCCGUUUAUGUUCCCGAGAAGAUCACCAAUGCAAGCAUCCGGUUCUCCAUCUACAAACAUACCGUCAAAAUCGCCUCUUCAGACACUUACAGGACUGUGGCGCAGCCUUCUGUUAACGGCAACUACACCUGCAAAGCCCACGCCUCUUCCCUCACACACAGCUUUAUAAAAGAAAGCCAAACAGUUGUUGUUAAGGUCAAAGUUCCUGUUUCCACACCCAUGCUGAGUGUGGUGGGGAGGACGCUGGUGUUGGGAAAGCGCUUCCGGCUGCUCUGCCACAGCGACAACGGCACCCUGCCCAUCACCUACACCCUGCGCCACCCCGAGAUGCUGCCCGAGGUCCUCGUGGUGAACAUGCCGGGAGAGCGCGCCAUUUUUAACUGCCCCCCCAUCUACAAGACUUCAGAACUCAAAAACUUUCUGUGCCAUGCAAAGAACAGUCACAGCAGACAUCCAGAGGUGGUGCUAGGCCUGCAGCUGCUGCGCUCAGACAUCAUAGAGCCUGUCUCAAAACCAGUGUUGACCAUGCUGCCCGGCCCGGGGGACAUCUCUGAGGGACAGGACCUAACUGUCUUCUGCUCCGUGCAGAGAGGCACUCUCCCCGUCAGCUUCACCUGGUACCACACUGAGACGGAGAGCGCUCUCGCCUCCAAGACCUUCAACAAACUGGAAGGAUCCCACAAUAUCAGCAAUGUCCAAGGGGAGCAUCGAGGGGGAUACUACUGUGAGAGCACCAACCAGGCCAACGAAACCAAACAGAGCCUCACUAUCACCAUCAAAGUGAAGAUAGCUGUCUGGAAGAAAGGUCUUAUCGUUGGUGUCAUCAUCAUCUGCAUCCUUCUGAUACUGGCACUGAUCUUCAUCCUGGUCUUUAAAAGACGUCUGCUCCUGUUCAAGAGGAGGAGAACCGGCGAGCUGUCAGUGAAGUCGGCCAGCACCAAGGCGGAGCGGCUGAGCCUCACCCAGGUGGAGGUCAAUGACACUGCUAAUGUCACCCCAGGCAUGAUAGGAAAGAGUGUUUGGAGCGAACAUGCAUCAGGCUCAGAGUCUGAGGACCAGAGUAUUGUGACCGCUCCAGAAAAGCUGCCAGAACCUCGAUACACUGAAGUGCAGCCGAGACAGACAGACCCUGACAGAGCUCCAGUGAAGAAGUGCACAGACACGGUGUACAGCGAAGUCAGGAAAUCCAAACAAGGUGCUCCAGAGCAGGCUGAUGGUGGGUCGUUGGAGUAUGCAGAGCUGAAUCACGAUACGCAUCACCGUCACAGUGCUGACCAGGGUAACCAUGGUGACCACCCCACUGUCCAGGAUGACUACUUAGACGAGAUUGACGACAGCGUUCAAAUCCCCAUUGCUGACCACGGGGAAGGAAUCCCUGACCCAAUGCCAGAGUGCUAACUGAGCAUCAACAAUAUUUAUUCCCUUUUUGUUUUUAGGAGUCUUUUAUUCUGAAAGACCUCAAACAGUGCUAAGGAUUCAUGUACUUUCUGUAAGGCUUUGCGAGGAACAUCCCACACUGUAAAUUCACUUGCUUUGUCUUUGAAGAGCAAAAUAAAUAGUUUUUGUUA